AGGACGUCAGAAGCACCUUGAGCAUGUACGAGGCUCCUUCUCACUCCCCCUCAUUCUCCACGGUUCUGGAAGGAGCUUGGACACUAGGGGCCAGAUUUACAAAGGACAUCUCAAGUGCCUGGAGCGAGUAAAUGGCUCCUUCUCACUCUGCCUCCUUCUUGUCGACUCUGGAAGGGGUUUGGACAGCAGGGGCCAAAUUUGUAAAGGACGUCAAAAGCACCUUGAGCGGAGGCAGACAGAGGACAUUUGAGAAUCCAGUGAGUCUUUCUCCUGAAUUUAAAUGGGGCAGCUGGGAUUUCUCUGAAAAGACCAGAAUUCUGCACAACAUUCUGAAGAACUUCAAAGAGACUCUGGUGUCAGAAUGGAGGCUGGACAAAGAAAAUGUGACGCUGGAUCCAGAGACGGGAAAUCCCUGGCUCAUCAUGUCUGAGGAUCAGAAAAGCAUGAGAUGGCAGAAUCCAUACAACAAUUUCAGAGUAGAAGAUGUAUCGUUUCUCCCUGCCCUGGGCUGUGAGGCAUUCACCUCGGGCAGACAUUACUGGGAGGUGGAGUUGAAGGGGGAGGGGAACAUGCGUCUAGGGGUCGCCAGAGAGUCCGUGAAGAGAAUGGGAAAGGUCAGCUGGAAGCCCAAAGCGGGGGUCUGGGCUAUAGAGCAGUUGGGACCCUAUUACCAAGCCUACACCUCCCCUAUUACCAACUUGUCCCUGAGUCGGAGCCCCAGAAAGAUCGGGGUCUACCUGGACUAUGAAGGAGGGCAGGUGACAUUUUAUGAUGCUGAUACCAAGGCCCUGAUCUUUGCGUUCCCACCAGCCUCUUUCACUGGGCAAAGAAUUCGUCCUGUCUUCUUUCUUUUUGGUGUAAACUCCCAGCUCAGACUGUGUCCCUGAGAUGUCCAGAGUUUGGGGGAGGAUAUCAGAAUACCCCAUCAGCACCUAUGAAACGAGCUUCUCUAAUCUCUGCCCUUUCUGAUCCUGAACGAUUCCCAUGUUCCUGUGGAGACAUCGAAACUGCAGACAGGCCAGGAAAGUCCCUGCCAGUGUAACCCACUGAUCAGUACAUGUCACAUGCCCCCCUCUUGGUCAGAGCUGCAGAGGAUGUGACUCUGUUACAGUGGCUGGCUGUAGAGGCUGGCUGCUUAGCUCAUACUGCAGUGACUCAGGUAUCUGAGUUUCGAGAGUCCUGGUUCAAUGCCCAGUGUGCUGGCCAAGAUGGUGGUUAUUAUACCGAUAUUGCAGCAGGCCUCUCCUGUCUGUCUCUGGUGUUCAGUGGGACCAUGGCAGACUGCCAGAGAGUGAGGGGGAAGCUGCUUACAUAGCUGUAGGGGGAAUCCCCAGGGCUCAGGCCCCUCAUCCAGAGGCCUGUCUUGUUCCAGGGAAGAAACCAACUCUCACUUUCCCCAAUAAAUGUUGAAUCCAUUGUAACAGUGACAUGGGCCCAGGUCCUCAAAGGUACGUAGGUGCCUACCUACUAUUCUAUUGCAGUGGGAGGUGCCUAAAUACCUUUGAGGAUCUGGGGCCUAGUGCUUCAUCUCUGAUUCUGGAGACUAAAAUACUCUGCUGCACAAACAGAUCAAAAUCAGCCCCCAGAAUUGGGGCUGGAAUUAUUUUAGCUCCCAUUAGGCAUCUAAAUGAGGCCAGAUUUUCAAAAGAGUUUAGCCAGAAGUUUCCACCUCCCAGCAGGUCUCAUUGAGAACUAACUGGCUGCUUCAUUGGGUGCUAAAUGGGAGAAGAGCUGUUUGGAAAAGCCAGCUCCAGUUGUGGUGGCUGAGGCCUGUAAAAUCUGGUCCGCUGUGACUUGUAUCUAGAGCUGGAUGAAACAUGUCAAAAGAGAAUGGUCAGGCCUCCCUGCUGCCAUGCUGGUGUCCAGUCUGUUCCGGGGGACACAGUGCAGACUGCUCUCAUGCAGACCUUACCGUUCUGCCUUCUUGUUUCACUGGGGUCUCAAAUAAAGUCAAUUUGACUGAAAAUACAGGGUUGCUUCUUACGUAUGGAAAAAUCUAAAACCCACAAGGAGGGAUUUGUAAAACAACACUGAAGACUCAAAGAAAAUCUUGAGCUUUUUCUGUUGUGACUGUCUGGUUCAGAGCCCUGGAGCAGGGCUGCUCACCGGCCUAGGAGGUGCCUAGCAAUGGGAGCGACUGGGAUUCUUCUUCCAAGGUUCUCACAAACUGGGAGGGUGAGGGAGACAACGCAGCUUACAUGAUGAUCUGUUCAGCAGAAAUGGAUGCAAGAACUUCCAUCCUGCUAUGAACCAGGCUGAGAUCCCAGCACAUUCCAUAGGGGCUCCUGAGUAGCCGCCACAUGGACUUUCAGCUGUUCCCCACAUAGGUUACUAACCUGAAACAGAUAAAAUGAAGUUUGUGGGGCUGUUAGGAAUUGCGUGGGGCUUGUUGUACUUUGACAAUUACAACACUGCUUGCUAAUACACCUAUUUGGCUGUUUCAUCUGUACUUUUCUAAUUAUUGCACUGUGUUUGUCACUGAGCCCAUAAGUUCCAUUGCUCUGUGCAAUAAUGAGUAGUGCUUAGCAUUCUAUUUCACAUGUUAUGAAAUAACAAAGACAACAUUAUUCUCUCAGACAUAGACUUUUAUUGUGUAUCAAAACCAGUGCAUAGAAGCUAUGUGCAAUUACAGAACAAAUGCAAUAAAAAACUUCUGAAAUAAAUUAAAGGAGAAGAAUUAAA